AAAUCAAACCUUAAACAUCAUGAGGUUAGGGUUACAACUUCUAAGACAACGUCUCACACAUGACGUCAUCUCCAAAUGCCUCUUCUUGGCUCCCCUGGAUAUGGGCACUCGAAACUCUCGCUUAUAAUCACGCAGAUUCAUCUCUUUUGAUUGAUUUAAUGAAAUUGAUUCCGGAUAAUGUGGUGGAUAAUGGUGGGAAUGUUGCAAAGGAAUCGGCUUUUUUGAGAAUUUUGGAGGGUUUUCCGGGUUCUCGAAAAGGGGAAUGCUGUGGUGAUUCUUUGAAAUUGGAUAGUAACGCUGGUGGUUUUGGUUCUUUGAAAUUGUUGCGUAAGGAGUGUUCGGGGCGAAAUCAUGAGUUGAGUGAAUCGGAGAUGCUGAGGUUGGAUGUCGACACGGGCUUGCCUAAAUGCACUUUGAGAAAGCUGAAGGAUAUGAUUUUGAAGGACAGCCAUUUACUUCCUUCGUACUUGAAGGAAAGGAGUGGUUUGCUUAAAUGUUCGGAUGGUGUCACAAAGAGACUACCGGAAGGGAGCAACUGUGAUGCUGCCGAGAAUCCGAAGGUUAGGGACUUGUCUUCUGGGAAGAGGGGCAUAAAUGACUUGACUACUGCAAAUGAAGGGAUGGUAUCUGCUUGCAGGGAAUUGAUUGUGUACAAUGCUUAUCCCGAUGUUAAAGCUGCCACAAAACGUAAGUGGGAUACCUUUUGUACCCAGCAGGUGAUUGAAGGUAAUGACUCGGCUUCUUUCCAUGAAAAUAGACAUGUUGAGGAUACUUCUGGAGGAAUUGUCUUGUAUAGUGGAAGAGAUGGGUCAAAUUUAGAUAGCGAACCUUGGGCAAAAUCCUUCCACGGUGACAUGCCUUCUGAGAAUGUUGAUGAUAAUCAUCGACGAGAAAUUUUAAGUUCUGAUGACAUCGACCAUGAUGAAAAUGAUGACAGCAUUGCAAGAGAGGAUAUACUUUUAGAAACUCAAAAUUCAGAUAGUCAAGAUUCCUUGGCAAAUGUUAAUGGAACAAAGGAACAACUUUGUAUGAUGUGUAAGCUAGGUGAUCAGCUGUUGGUUUGUAGUUCAGGGUCCUGCCAAAGAGUGGUCCAUGAAAGAUGCUUGGGGUUUGCACCCACUUUUGAUGCAAAAAGGAGGUUUUACUGCCCCUUUUGUGCAUAUUUCCGAGCAGUUUCUGAGUACUCGGAUAGCAAGAAGCAGUACGCCUUGACAAAGAAUGCUCUGCUCUCAUUUAAAAAUCGCCUGAGAAACUCCGAUAUUUCAGGUAGGGGAGAUCGGAAUCAUGUAAGAGACUCUGAGGUUUCAGAUAAAUGCACUGAACAAAACAACCUUGAGAAUGUCGUGAGCAGAGUGAAUCAAGUGCAAUCUAUGAUGCGUAUGAGGGAAAAGUCCUCAGUAUCAUGUGAUUUAAGCAGCAGGGUAGGGGAAAGAGAUGUGACUUGUGGAGGAAAUAUGGCUGACAAGCAAAAUGCAGAAACGAUUGGCAGUUCAGUGUACUGCCAAUCCACAAAAGAGCAAGUGCAGAAGGUUCCGGAGCUAGAUGUCCAAAACUGUAAAGCUUAUAAUUCAUUGCAUGGAGGGAGUAAACAACUUGCUGUAGUUGAAAAGCUUCAGAAAGUUUUACAGCAGCCAAAUGGUGUGAUCCUAGUUACGAAUAAUGAAGAACAAAAAAUAGCAUUAAGAGCUGUAAAGGAUAGCAAAGUUCCCGAUUCUGACAAAUACUUGAAAAUUUCCCACCGGAAUGAUCCACGCACUGGAGCUGAUAGGGAGCAAGAUGUUUCUAAUCAACCCCAUGUUUUACCUCGUGAACUUGCAAAGCCGCUGCGUUCCUUAGGUGUCCAGAAGCAAGAACAACACAUUCCAUACCCAUCAGUCCCGCAGUACCGAAGAAAGAAAGUCCCAUGGUCAGAUGCCGAGGAAGAGGCACUAAAGGAAGGAGUAAGGAGAUUUGCAAGUGAUAACAAUAGAACUAUGCCGUGGAAGAGAAUCUUAGAAUUCGGAGCUCAAAUUUUUGAGAAACAUCGUACAGCUAUAGACUUGAAAGAUAAAUGGCGGAAUAUGUGCAAAGCAUCUCCAGUAGUAUGAAAUAACCUAGUUUAACUUUGUCUUCACAGUUCUUAAUAAGUUCAAUACCUGUUGCGUGUAACUAUUUUGGUUUUGGUUUCUACAAGUUUAGCUCACGGUUGAUCAAAUAUUUGAUCAGUAGAAUAUGGACUUUAUCCUGUUACAUUUACUCUGGGAUAUCUGAUCCACAACUUUGGAAAAUCCCGGUGUUAUUUUCGGGUUUGUUAUGUAAAUACGAGUGUUUCUCUUGACUUUUAGAA